CCUCUUCCUGGAGAAGAAGUCUUAUUUCUUUUUUCACCUUCGCUUCAAUAAUAGCUCUCCGCCAUUUUUUGGGGGGUUGUAUCUCCCCCCUUAGCAACAGCAUCCACAACUCGUCCUCAUCCUUGUCCUCCACGACCACCACACCCUCCUCCAACAAAUGGCUCUCGACCGGUUCCUCCGUGCGGUUCUUCAGCCAUUGCACAGCACUAGCCCGAAUAUCUUCGGUCCGAUUCGAACCCACGCUUGGCUGGUUCAGUCCCGAAGCGUCAACCACUCCGAAAGUCUCUACCCAUCUCAUAACCCGUUCCCGUCUCGUAUCCUCUGCCCGUCUCAAAGCCUGGCUUACUCUCCAAGCCCGAUGCAUUCUCAAAGCCAGUUCAGGUGUUGAAGCAAUCUCCAUGCCACUGGGUACCGCCGCAGAAAACUGGUCCUGCGUCUCCU